GGAUAAAUCAUGCUUAGUUAUUAAUUACGAAUUCAGCUCAAGUUGUCGUCUAGUGAGAGAUCUGGCUAGUCGCAAAAAAGAAAAGAAAAGAAAAUUAAACAACAUAUAAGAGACGAUCGCAUCUCCACCGUCUAACAUGAAAAUUAAUAUUCUCUCCAACUUGAUCCAAUAUUAUUAACCAGACGAUAUUUGAUUCCCUCUCCCACUUUCUUCUUCCCAAUCCGACUCUUCUUCCUACGCGUGUCCUCCUCUCCUCACUCUCAUCUCUCUUCCUCGUUACCGCAGGAUCUCUCUCCCCCGACCUGCUCCUACUCUCUUUCUCCGAUUCACCGCCUUCCCGGAUCUCCGUCUCUUCUUCUUCUUUUUUUUCACUGUCUUCUCUAUUAGUCUGGAUCUGCCUGGGCUUCUGCUGAGAUUCGUACUCGAUUUCAAUUCGAAAUCGGUUCUGCUGCUCGCCGGUGUUUUGAAACUGGCCUCUCGGAGGUUUGACCGGAAUAAUCGAAACUUCUCGAUCGUGUCUGUUUGACGAAGAUGGAGGAUCCCGAUAUUAAGAAGUGCAGAUUGAGCAACGUGACCAUCGAUGACGUCAUCGAGCAAGUGAUGCCGUACAUAACCGAGUCGAUAGAUCGCGAUUCCGCUUCGCUGGUGUGUCGGAGAUGGUUCAAGAUAGACUCCGAGACGAGGGAGCACGUGACGAUGGCGCUGUGCUACACAUCAACCCCCGAUCGUCUGAGCCGUCGGUUUCCGAACCUGAGGUCGCUCAAGCUCAAAGGCAAGCCUCGAGCCGCUAUGUUCAAUCUGAUUCCGGAGAACUGGGGAGGAUUUGUAACCCCUUGGGUGAACGAGAUAUCUACGUCGCUGCGGCGGCUCAAAUCGGUGCACUUCCGGCGAAUGAUCGUCAGCGACUUGGAUCUGGAUGUUUUGGCUAAAUCGAGAUCAGAUGAACUCGAGGCUCUGAAGCUCGAUAAAUGCUCCGGAUUCUCCACAGAUGGACUUUUGAGCAUCGUUAAACACUGCAGGAAAAUAAAAACAUUGUUAAUGGAAGAGAGUUCUUUCGUUGAAAAGGAUGGUAAAUGGCUUCAUGAGCUUGCUCUACACAACACAUCGCUUGAGGUUUUGAACUUCUACAUGACUGAGUUUGCCAAAAUCAGCCCCAAAGACUUGGAAAGCAUAGCUAGAAAUUGCUGCCGCUCUCUCAAGUCUGUGAAGGUCGGUGACUUUGAGAUUUUGGAGCUAGUUGGGUUCUUUAAAGCUGCAGUUAAUCUUGAGGAGUUUUGUGGUGGCUCCUUGAAUGAGGAUAUUGGAAGACCUGAGAAGUACAUGAAUCUGACUUUCCCACCAAAGCUAUGUCGUCUGGGCCUCUCUUACAUGGGACCUAAUGAAAUGCCAAUACUAUUUCCAUUCGCUGCCCAAAUCCGGAAGCUGGAUUUGCUUUAUGCAUUGCUCGAAACCGAGGAUCAUUGUACACUAAUCCAAAAGUGUCCUAAUUUGGAAGUCCUAGAGACAAGGAAUGUGAUCGGAGAUAGGGGAUUAGAGGUUCUUGCACAGUACUGUAAGCAUUUGAAGCGGCUGAGGAUCGAACGGGGUGCAGAUGAACAAGGAAUGGAGGACGAAGAAGGCUUAGUCUCACAAAGAGGACUAAUUGCUCUGGCUCAGGGGUGCCAGGAGCUAGAGUACAUGGCGGUGUACGUCUCAGACAUAACCAACGAAUCUCUCGAAAGCAUAGGCACAUAUCUGAAAAACCUCUGUGACUUCCGCCUUGUCUUACUCGACCGGGAAGAGAGAAUUACAGAUUUGCCACUGGACAACGGAGUCCGGUCCCUCUUGAUCGGAUGCAAGAAACUCAGACGGUUCGCAUUCUAUCUGAGACAAGGCGGGUUAACCGACGUGGGGUUAAGCUACAUCGGGCAGUACAGUCCAAACGUGAGAUGGAUGCUUCUGGGUUACGUAGGUGAAUCAGACGAAGGUCUGAUGGAAUUCUCGAGAGGUUGUCCGAAUCUACAGAAGCUAGAGAUGAGAGGCUGUUGCUUCAGCGAGCGAGCAAUCGCUGCGGCGGUUAUGAAAAUACCAUCGCUGAGAUAUCUCUGGGUCCAAGGCUACAGAGCAUCGGUGACGGGACAGGAUCUGAGGCUGAUGUCUCGACCGUACUGGAACAUAGAGCUGAUACCGUCGAGAAGAGUACCGGAAGUGAAUCAGCUCGGAGAGGUAAGAGAGAUGGAGCAUCCGGCUCAUAUACUGGCUUACUACUCUCUGGCUGGUCAGAGAACAGAUUGUCCACCAACUGUUAGAGUUCUCAGGGAGCCAUGAAUGAUCCAAAAGCAGGUUUGUUGUAUAUAAAGAUUUGAAUUCAUCUUUUCUUUUUUUUUAAGUCUCGAGUUUUUGGGGGGGGUUUCCACGAACUGUUAUAAAUUUUUUUCUUUCUUUCUUUCUGUUGAGAGAUUUACGUAGAAUCUUUUGUUUGUAAGGUCAUCAUCAUCACUUUUUUGUUUUUCCACAGGGGUCUCUCUCUACUCUUUUUCGUUUUUGAAUAAAAACCCCAAAGAUUUUGGAGAGAUUUGUCGUCGAUUGUUUUUGAGAUAUGUGUUAUAUAUAUAUAUGAUUUGAUUGACGUAGAACUUGACCCGAGUAACCUUAUUUGUUGUUGCGAAGAUUAAAAGUAUCCUAACAGUGUAUAAUUUUGUUUUUUUUCUCCGACAACUUAUAAUGGACUCAAUUUAAGAUUCGUA